AUGGAAUGGCAAGAAUAUCAAGAGGCUCAGGAAAUGGAAGUGGAAUGGGGGGAUAGUGGUAUGAAGGAGGGAAGGGAAGUACAUGGCUGGGAGAGGCCACAGGAAGGCUGGAUAAAGUUGAACUCAGAUGCUGCUCUGAAUAGCAAGGAAGGUAGAGCAGGUUGGGGAAUGGUCGCAAGGGAUUGGCAGGGGAUGAUGUUGGGGGCGUGGGCGGUGCCAUCUUCAACUUGUUCGAAUCCUAAGCAGGAGGAAUCAAUGGCUCUUAGAAUGGCUUUGAGAAUGGCACAGCUAAAAGGAUGGAAAAAGGUGGUGUGUGAGGUAGAUUGCUUACAAGUUGUGGAUGAGCUGAAUAGGGAGGAUAAUGAUAGGAUAGGAUCUGUGGUGAUAGAAGAUAUAAGGGUUUUGAAGAAAAAUUUUGAUGAAUGUUGUUUUACUUUCACUCGGAGAGUAAACAACUUUGUUAGUCAUACGCUAGCCAAAUUGGCAAUUUGCUUGGAGGAUUUAGCUGAAUGGAAGGAUAACUUCCCAGCAUGGCUGCAUGAACUUGCGCAGUCUGAUUGUAGGGGCAGUUGUCCCAGUUUCUUGUAA